CAUUAAAACUGACAACUGUUUUCAUUCCUGGAAAAAUGAUCUUUAGCUAUCUGAUCACUUGCUGUAUUAUUUGUUAACAGGUUUAUCUCAUUUCUGACCAUGUAAUUAAACUAUAUGUUGAAGACGGGCUGGAAUUUUCUCUUAAUGCUUUAGGCACUGAGCUGGAGUUUUACAGUCUACUGUGCAAGGUUGACUCCCCUCUGAAAAAUCACAUUCCUGGUGUUUUAGCAAGUGGAAUUCUGUUUAUUGAAAAUGGGUCAUAUAAGAUUGUACCUUGGGAUGGAAAAGGAGUUCCUGAUGUUAUUGCUAGUUGUAAUUUGAUCCCAGAAAAUAGUUUGGAAGUUGAUUUUCCAUUUGGUGUAUGGAGCAAAAAAAAAUUUGAAAUGAAAAAAGCGAGGAUGUCAAUAAAUGAAUUAAUCAGUUCUGGCGACGGCUCAAGGAUAUGGCCAUAUAUUGUAACAAAAAGAUGCAAAGGCAAAACAUUUGCUGAGUUACGAGAAACUCUCUCAUGGGAUGAUACUCUAUAUUUAGCUUCUUUUUUGGGCGAGCAACUGCGCAAUCUUCAUCUCCUGCCGUUUCCUUCUUUAAAUGCUUCAACACUUGCUGAUGCUGAAGAGAAAAUGGAGUACCCUUGUGUUAGUGGUUCAAUGGAGGCUGUCACCAAUAAACUUAGUAUUCCUGCGGAAUGGGAUUUUUUCAUCAGAACUCUAACAAGAAGGAAGAAGGAUGUCUGUAGCCGUUUGACAAAAUGUUUUUGGAGACCAACACGCCAGCCUUGCUGAAUUGUGCAUCAUUCUUAUUUCAUCAUCAGAUGACUUAGAAGGAUUUUGACUUCUCACAGAAUUAGUUAUUUCUUAAAUGGUAUUCAUCAGUCAUCUAAGAAGCAUGGACACGGAUGCGGACACAAACACAGACAUGGGACAUGGUGAUUUCAGAAAAAUGAGGAUACAGACAUGGUGGGAAUACGGCAAUAUAAUAAUAUAUUUUUAGUCUCUAUGUAGAUUAAAUAUUACAUCCACAAACAAUCAAA